CUGCGCCCUACGAUUCUCUCCCUCCCCCCCCCCGGUGGCAGCGGCCGUGGCGCGGUGAUGGAGUCCGCGGUGGAGGAGCUGAUGCCCCGGCUCCUGCCUGUAGGGGACUGUGACCUCGCGGAGGAUUUCGACCCCACCAUGCCCCCGCGGACGCCCUCGGAGUAUUUAAAGCGAGUCCAGAUUGAAGCAGCACGAUGCCCAGAUGUUGUUGUGGCACAGAUAGACCCCAGAAAGUUGAGAAAGAAGCAGACAGUGAAUAUUUCACUCACAGGAUGCCAUCCUGCCCCUGAGGGAUAUUCUCCAACUCUCAAAUGGCAGCAGCAGCAAGUGUCUCACUUUUCAGCAGUUCGUCAGAGUUUGAACAAACACAGAAAUCAUUGGAAGGCACAACAUUUGGACAGCAAUGUUACAAUGCCAAAAUCUGAGGAUGAAGAAGGCUGGAAACUGUUUUGUCUGGGUGAAAAGUUAUAUUCGGAAACAGCUAUUGCAGUGUCUGGUAAUGAAAACCUAGGAAUUGAUUACAUAAAGAUUGGUUUUCCCCCUUUUUUAAGUAUUGUUAGCAGAAUGAAUCAGGCAACAGUAACUAGCGUCCUGGAAUAUCUGAUAAACUGGUUUGGAGAGAAAGAGUUUACUCCAGAACUGGGCAGAUGGCUUUAUGCUUUGUUGGCAUGUCUUGAAAAGCCUUUGUUGCCUGAAGCUCACUCCCUGAUUCGGCAAUUGGCAAGACGAUGCUCUGAAGUCAGAGUAUUAGAGGAGAACAAGAAUGAAGAGAAAGUGUCUGCUCUGAAUUUGUUAAUCUGUUUAGUUAGCAGGUAUUUUGAUCAACGUGAUCUGGCUGAUGAGCCCUCCUGAUUCCAGAUUGGGGAUAUUUAAAUGUCUCGCAUUGCUAUAAAACCAACACCAGCAUCAGUGUUAAACAGCCAGGUGCAAUGCAGCUCAAAAUGUACCUUCUUAGUAGUGAGCUUGAAUGGUGUUGAGCAAAAGACUGCUGGUCUCACUGAAUAAUCCAUGACCUGAAAAGGGUCAGCAGCGAAGUGUCUACCCACUCUCUAUAAACCUGUUUCUCUGCAAAAACAAGUGGUCUUUAAAGCAGUAUGCAACUUGAGCUGUUGUAAGCACCCAAGGGUAGUUUAUCCUGAAAAAUUACUUCUGGAGAGUAAGCCCUUUUGUUGAAAUUGAAUUACUCAUGUGAAUAAAGAUUUACAAGACUGCGCCCCAAGCUUUUUACAAAUGAAAGUUUGAGGCAGUGAGAAAGCUCUUUCCUGAACCAGGAUAAAGAGUCAGAUAUUAAAGGGUUUUGUAAAACUUUACAAUAAAAUUUUCAAAACUG